UAAUUUCUCACUUGCUAAAACAUAUUUCAGUUGUAUCACCGAGCACAUUGGUUUGACAACCUGGAAUUUUCAUAAGGCUUCAUCAAAGAGUUUAUUAUUGUACACCCAAAAUCCCGAAGCUUUACGGGCGCAGCAGUGUUCUUUUUGCCUUUCUAAUCCGGAAGCUCCCAGCCCUCAGCCGAGAAAACAUUUCCGUCUAUCCACCGCCAGAACUCGGCCGUCGGGGUUAACAGGAGAUACCCGAAGCUUCACUCGUCUGCUCCGCAUUCGCGCAAGGUGAGCAAGAACAGAAGAAUCCGAUUGUUCUCAGUGUUUGUGCAAAUAGGAACUCUGGUUUUCAGAUACGAUGAGUUUGUCAUUGCUCAGGAGAAGGAAGUUAUUAUUAUCGGUAUUCAGCAACCCUAGAGCUCCCCCGCCGCAAUUUUGCAGAGAACCCACCUCUCUUUCGUUCUUAUUUCAUACCCAAGAAAACCCAUGUCGCCAAAACCCUCAAUCGCUAAACCCUUCGAGGGUUUGGCAGUCUGUCGCGUCAUUUUCGACCCAGUCUUCCAAAUUCCCCGAGUACGAGAUGCCUUCAGUCACUUGGGGCGUGAUUCAGGGUAAGAAAGAGAAGCUUGUCAAUCGUGUCAUUAUAUGUGAUUAUCUCAAAAGUUUGGGGAUUAUCCCUGAUGAGCUGGAGAGUCUGGAGCUUCCUUCCACGGUUCAGGUUAUGAAGGAGCGUGUCGAGUUCUUGCAGAGGUUGGGAUUGACUGUUGAUGAUUUCAAUGAGUACCCUUUGAUGCUAGGUUGCAGUGUUAGGAAGAACAUUAUCCCUGUAUUGGGUUACUUGGAAAAGAUUGGGAUAAGUAGGUCGAAACUCGGUGAGUUUGUGAAGAGUUACCCGCAAGUGUUGCACAUGAGUGUUGUGGUUGAGCUUAUGCCUGUUGUUAAGUUUCUCCGUGGGCUUGAUGUUGAAAAGCAGGAUAUUGGAUUUGUUCUUCAAAAGUAUCCAGAGCUUCUGGGGUUCAAGCUUGAAGGGACGAUGAGCACUUCUGUUGCUUUUCUUGUUAGUAUUGGUGUUAGUCCAAGAGAUAUUGGACCAAUGGUGACACAGUACCCUUACUUCUUGGGGAUGAGAGUGGGAACUGUGAUCAAGCCGUUUGUUGAUUAUAUGGUUUCUUUGGGUUUGCCUAAGAAGAUUGUAGCUAGGAUGUUGGAGAAGCGGGCGUAUAUUCUCGGAUAUAAUCUUGAAGAAACUGUGAAGCCCAAUGUAGAUUGUUUGAUAAGUUUCGGGGUUAGGAAAGAAGCACUUGCUUCUGUUAUAGCACAGUACCCACAGAUUCUCGGGGUGCCUUUGAAAGCUAAGCUAUCUUCACAACAAUAUUUCUUUGGCUUGAAGCUCAAGGUAGAUCCAGAAGGGUUUGCUCAAGUGAUCGAGAAGAUGCCUCAGAUUGUUAGCCUUAGUCAACAGGUUAUACUAAAACCGGCUCAGUUUCUUCUGGAGAGGAGUAUCCCGCCUCACGAUGUUGCCAAGAUGGUUGUGAAAUGUCCACAGGUGCUUGCAUCAAGGGUUGCACUCAUGAAGAACAGCUUCUACUUUUUCAAAAGUGAAAUGGGCCGGCCAAUAAAGGACCUUAUCGAUUUCCCUGAAUACUUCACUUAUGGGUUGGAGUCCAGAAUCAAGCCCAGAUAUCAGCUGGCUAAAAGCAAAGGCAUCAGGUGUUCACUGGAUAGCCUCCUCAACUGUAGCGACCAGAGGUUUGAGGAAAGGUUGCAGGAUGGUUGUCUUGAAUCAGAGACUGUAGGUCCAUCUUUCGAUAUGGGCGGGAAGUUGCAAUUGCCUGGAAGAUAUGAGAUUGUAUCAGAAUCGGAUGAGGAGGAUGAGAGUGAUAACGAAACAGUACUCUAUCGGCGCACUGUUUCUCUGUAGUUUUUUUUCUUCUUUUGUUUCUCGAACCACAUGUCAAUGGAAUACUUAAGAGAGAAUGGUAUCGUCUUUUUUCAACUGAACCUGAAUGUCUUCAGUUUCCAGUUUGCCUCUCAUUUACUGUUUAUCGAAUCCAGGUAGAGGAAGAAGAUGGUGAUUUCUUUUUAUAUCUCAUCGAGUUCAUGUUCUAGUUUCACGAGCUGUGUGUGUGUAGCAAUCAUUACAACCUGAUGUUGUGAAGAUUAUGAGCAUGGAUUGAUAUCAAAAUAUAAAAAUCAAUGCGAA